AAAAAAAAAAAAUACUGAAGGACUUCACAAAACUCUACAGAGCACCUUCCUGCACUGUAGAUGGAAAAAAGAAUCAGAGUCUUGCUUAAACCGGGGUAGGGCCAGUUCUCCAUUCCGUGCCAAAUCCCAGACGAUGUUGAAUUAUGAACGUGCCACAUCAUGAGUCUCUUGUGGCAGGUAACUGUGCACCGUACCUGGAAUGCCGCCCUGCUUUUUGUAAUCUACCUCAUGGUACGAAUGUGGAGUCUGUGUGCAGCUUCCGCCGGACCCCAGAGCUGCCCAGCUGUCUGCUCGUGCAGUAACCAGUUCAGUAAAGUGGUCUGCACUCGCCGCAGCCUCAGGGAGGUCCCUCAAGGCAUCCCCUCAAAUACCCGGUACCUCAACUUGAUGGAGAAUAACAUUCAAAUGAUUCAGGCAGACACCUUUCGACAUCUCCACCACCUGGAAGUACUGCAGCUGGGGAGAAACUCCAUUCGUCAGAUAGAGGUCGGUGCUUUUAAUGGCUUGACAAGUUUGAACACCUUGGAGCUAUUUGAUAAUCGCCUGACAGUUAUACCAAGUGGAGCAUUUGAGUAUUUAUCUAAACUGCGUGAGUUAUGGCUCAGGAAUAACCCCAUUGAGAGUAUACCCUCUUAUGCUUUUAAUCGGGUACCAUCUCUGAUGCGGCUGGAUUUGGGGGAGCUCAAAAAAUUGGAGUAUAUUUCAGAUGGUGCUUUUGAGGGAUUAUACAACUUGAAAUACCUUAACCUUGGAAUGUGUAAUAUUAGGGAAAUGCCAAAUCUCACACCACUGGUUGGACUGGAAGAACUGGAGAUGUCAGAAAAUCAUUUUCCUGAAAUUAAACCAGGAUCAUUUCAGGGUCUUAAAUCUCUGAAAAAACUCUGGAUUAUGAACUCUCAAAUCAACUUAAUAGAACGGAAUGCUUUUGAUGACCUUACAGCACUGGUAGAGUUAAAUCUGGCCCACAAUAACCUCACCUCUUUACCCCAUGAUCUUUUUGCACCACUGAGGUAUCUAGUGGAGUUACAUUUGCAUCACAACCCAUGGAACUGUGACUGUGACAUUAUUUGGCUGUCAUGGUGGUUGCGAGAAUAUAUUCCUACAAACUCUACAUGUUGUGGUCGUUGCCAUGCACCACCCCAAGUGAGGGGUAAAUACUUAGUGGAGAUUGACCAGAGCAGUUUUCAGUGCUCAGCACCUUUUAUUGUGGAUGCACCAAGGGAUGUAAACAUCUCUGAAGAACGAGUGGCUGAACUCAAGUGCCGCACAGCCUCUAUGUCCUCCGUUAGGUGGUUGCUCCCUAAUGGCACAAUAUUAAGUCAUGGUUCAAACCACCCCAGAAUAUCAGUUCUCAAUGAUGGAACAUUAAACUUUUCCAGAAUUUUAUUAACAGACACAGGAACCUACACAUGCAUGGUAACCAAUGUGGCAGGAAAUUCAAAUGCUUCAGCCUAUGUAAAUGUGAGCACUGCUGAGCUUAACACCUCCAACCUGAGCUAUUUCACAACUGUCACUGUGGAGAUUGUAGAAACACCUCCUGAGAACAUGCUACCGAAGAUGAAAGCCGUAACCACGCCUUCUACGGAGUACAAACCAGCAUUUAUUUCCACUCCCACCGUACUUCUACAAAACACUAAGACACCAAAACAUAUGUCAGUACCAACUGCAAAUGGCACAGACAAGCCGCCUACUAGUUUGGAUGAGGUCAUGAAGACCACCAAAAUAAUCAUUGGCUGCUUUGUGGCGGUCACUCUAUUAGCAGCAGUCAUGCUGAUAGUGUUCUAUAAACUGCGUAAAAGGCACCAGCAGAGGAGCACUGUGGCUGCUGCCAGGACUAUAGAAAUCAUACAAGUAGAUGAGGAUGUACCUCCAGCAUCAACAGCAACAAGUAUACCAGGAGAAGGGGCAGUAGUUUUGCCCAAUAUCCACGAUCACAUAAAUUAUAACACCUACAAACCAGCACAUGGGGCUCACUGGACAGAGAACAGCACUGGCAACUCUCUACAUACGGCCAGAACCAUCACCACUAUACCUGAGCCCUACAUAAUUCAAACUCACACCAAGGAGAAGGUACAGGAGACACAGAUUUAACAUUCCCCUCUCCCUUUCCUUAUAGUAAAAUGCAAUAGAAUGCACAAAAAAGGACAGUAAGUUUUUGUACAGUGUGCAAAAUAAAGACUUUUCUUGUAUAUGCUUAUAUAUAAAAAUAAAUUACUAUGGGCUGAUAAGAGAGGCAGAUUAUAUAAAAAUAAAUUUAAACUAUUUUCUAACUUGUAACUUCUAUUUAAAAAGAGAAAGUUAAAGAUUAUGUAAUGACUUUAAGAAAUGAAGGUGAACCUGUUUAAAAGGGCAUUCUGAAAUUUUUAGAUGAUGUUAUUAAGAAUGCAGUAAAUAUUCAUUUAUACAGAGAAGUCUUUCUAAAAGCCCAAAAUCAAUCUUUACAGGUUUAUCUUGUAAAAGCACCAAUAAUUUCUACUGUGCCAAAUGUUAUAAAUGCAAUAAAGGAUUUUUUGGAAAUAAGAAAAUACAUUUUUAUAAACCCAUUUGUUUCCAAAUACUGUAUAGGAAAGAAAUAAAAGCAAACACAGAGAGACGAGCACAGUUAUCUGCCAGAUCGGUUCAGACUGCACCAUAUUUCUGCAGCUACAGUUUAACUCCAUAAUUGCUGGGGAUUUAUUGAAAUAUAUUUAGAUAUUUCCCGUAACAGCUCCCAUCUCCAUUUAAAUUACCCCCACCAAAGAAAAGCUUAU